AAUUGUAGAUUAGUUCGAUAAUUUUUUAAUUUAUUAUUGAUACUUGUACUUUUUCUGUAAUUUAUUAUUGUCCAAAUCCAAAUAAAAUGUCGCGACUAGCAGAUAGACCGAAUCAGGCUCAGACGUAUAAACUAGUGGUGGUUGGAGGAGGUGGUGUGGGAAAAAGUGCAAUUACAAUUCAAUUUAUACAGAGUUACUUUGUAACUGACUAUGAUCCCACAAUUGAAGACAGCUACACCAAGCAAUGUGUUAUUGAUGAUGUGCCGGCAAAGUUGGACAUCCUCGACACAGCCGGCCAAGAGGAGUUCAGUGCCAUGCGCGAACAAUACAUGAGGUCUGGUGAAGGCUUCCUGCUGGUGUUCUCUGUAGCAGAUCACGCCAGCUUCGACGAGCUUUUUAAGUUCCACAAGCAGAUCCUGAGAGUAAAGGACCGAGACGAGUUCCCCAUGCUGAUGGUGGGAAACAAGGCGGAUUUGGAACAUCAGAGAGUGGUGACAUUAGAAGAAGCACAAUCUCUGUCGAGACAACUAAAGAUCCCAUACAUUGAAUGCAGUGCCAAAGCUCGCAUGAAUGUGGACCAGGCAUUCCACGAGCUGGUGAGGCUGGUCCGGAGGUUCCAGGAAGCCGAGAGGAUCCACAUCAAGUCUGAGGAGAGAAAUAAGAAGAAGAAGUGCACCAUUUUGUAAUGAGUGGUAUAUGUCAUGUGUUGGUAAGCGAGGAUUAGUUUGAAGUUUGAACCUACAAGACCUUCUGACAUCACAGGUAUAAUAAAUUGGUUUGAUGUCUUUUUUCACUUAAAAGUAUUAUUUCUUAUUAUAACACAACUAAGUAUACUAUUUUUAACAGAUAAUUUCUGGUUAUUUAUACAGCCGGAACUUUUUAUAACAAUAUACGGAAUGAAAUUUGUUCCAAAAAAAAAAAAUUAUUUGAGAUAUCUUUAUACUGGCACCUGCUUGAAUAACUUGAUCCUUAUUUAUAAUAAUAACUUACACAAAGUAAGUUUGUUUAAAACGGAGAGGUGUGCUUUUGUACCACACAUCCGCAUACAAGCCUUAAUAUAGUUGUGAAUAUGGCUUUAAAAUUAAGUAUAACUUAUUUAUUUAUAUACUCUGAUACAUCACAGUUUAAGCACAAUGUUACAGGUGCUAAUUUUUUAUUUAUUUAAGCUGUUUCCGCACAGAGGUACAUAAUUUUUACCUUAAUUGGUUUACUCAUUUUUGUGUCAAUAUUUAGAGCAAUGCUUCAGGAAUCGUUUUGUCUAUUUAAAUAAAUUAAUAUUGAGAUUAUUAUAGGUGUAUUUUUUUUUAUUAGAUUGUGUAGCAAUAGGCCUUUAUAUACAUGAAGCAUGUGGAAGGAAUCAUUUAGUAAACCAAUUAAGGUAAAGUACUGUAUUUUACUUUUAUUUAUAUCAGAUUUGUUUUAUUUUAUGAACAUACUAAUAGCUCAUAUUAUGCAUACUGCCUGUAAUUCACAGAAAUUCUGCAAUGAAACUGUUAAAUUUAAAAAUUUCAAUUCAUUUGUAUUUCGGUCUAUAUAGUUUUGGGCGGGAUUUUUUUUAAACUGUAAUGAAAUUAUGCUUUUUUCUUUAUUGUUACAUUUUAAAUGCAUUGUUAUCAUUUCCACAUUAGAAAUGGAAUUGGUAUCAAUUGAUUGUCGUAAGACCCAUGUUUUAGAUGUUCUAAUAUGGAGUUAAUACAAACCUUAAUGGUGUAUCUUGAAACCAAAUACUAAUAUUUAUAGUUGUAAGGCUAAACAACAUUCUUAUAUAAAUAUAAGGCCUGUUAUAUUAUAAUGUGACAGUCAAUAACUGAAAUGAUUACAUGAAAUAAUAUUAAUAUACAAUAGUGCCGGAGUUAUUGUGUUGUUUGGAAUGUACAUGAGCGAUAAUGUUUGGUAAUUCGGUUCAUGUUUUUUCAGGGGGCGUCCAUAAAUUACGUGAGAUGUAUUUUUGAAUUUUCCGUGCCUCCCUCCCCCCCUGGUGAGAUGUCGUGAGAGUUUAUUCCACCCCCUCCCAAAUCCCAAAAUCUCACGUGAGAUUUUUCAAAAUGUGCGUUUCUUACAUAAACGCGUUGGAUUGUUAUUGUAAAAAUGUAUAACGUUGAAAUAUGAACGAAAUUAUUUUCUUUCGAACGAAUUAGUGAAUGAUCUUAAUUGUAUUACGAUUACGGUUAAGAUUAAAUCUUAAACAUGUACAAUCUGGAUUAAAUGGACAUGAAUAGAAAAUAAAUGCGUGAUAUUUGCCGAGACCCCCCCUCUCUCCAACAUAAGAUUUGAUGAGAUUUGACUCGACCCCCUCCCCACCUUAAACAUCUCACGUAAUUUAUGGACGCCCCCUCAUUAAAUACCAAUCUGUUUUAAUGUGGUAAGAGAGUGUGGUAACAUUAUUUUUAUUCCAGCAACUGAUGGUAGAGGUAUUAAUAUAUUUAAUAAGAAUGUUGAUUUAGUGUUUCUAUAUUCAGGCCUUUCACGAUACUUGUAGAGACUGCAUCCUUUUUAUUUUUAUAUAUUCUUAUACUGAUAUCAGAGGAUUUUCUUGGGUCAGAGGACUAAGACAGGAGAUCCACUAGUUAUAUUAUCACAAAAAUAACGCUUAUGUCUAUAAAAACAUGGUGAACGUUAAGUGGUUGGUUUCUCGAAAUUUUUAUCAUGGCGUAUUAAGUGGGAAUGGAUAAAGUUCAAAUUGAACUUGCCUUCAAUAGUUAUGGGUUAGUUAUUAGGCAUAAAUAUCCUACUAAUAUCUUCCCUUUCUUGGCGUGCGUCCGUACAGAAUGUGAUGUCGCUAUGCCAACUUAAUGGCUGACAGGCUUGCCCUGCAUGUUUCUGUAUGACAACUCUCCCUCCUCUCCUGUUAUCCCUACUUAAAUAUUUCAUUGAGAUGAAACCUUUAGUUGCGAAUGCAACGAGCAACUACUAUUAUGAUAUUAAUAUCCAAUGAAAACAAUGAAACAACACAGAAACUUGUUAUCAUUCAUAUGGACUGAUUAAAAUCAGGCCACGCGCAAGUUGACUCACAGACAAAGAGUUCCACGAUCAUCUUAAUAUCUAAUAUAUAAAAUUCUCGUGUCAUGGUGUUAAACUUUGAACUCCUCCGAAACGGCUUGACUGGCCGAUUCUCAUGAAAUUUUGAGUGCAUACAUCGUAGGUCUGAGAAUCGGACAACAUCUAUUUUUCAUCCCCCUAAAUGUUAAGGUUGGUCCACACGAAAUUUUUAUUUAAUUUUUUGGAUUUUUUUUUUUAAUUUGUUUGAUUAUGAGUCAGCAUUACAACUUCAAAUUUUCACCCAUUUACGAUCAACAGUUACUCAUGUAUCGCGAUUUUAAUAUCGGCAAUACAACGUUUGCUGGGUCAGCUAGUAUAUACUAUCUAUGAUCCUGAUGUUUGUUUCCAGUGAGCUCCUAAACUCAUUAAAAUUUUAAUGGGGAUUACUUCAUGGAGUGCAAUUUAGUCCAACUUGAGAGAUAUAUUUUUAUUUCGAUUUGGGAAACAUAAUUAUUUUUAUUUCCAAUAUUUGUUUUGUAUGCACAUAUUUUCUAUGAGGGUUUUUAUUGACGCACGGGUUGACAGUUCUGCUGUGAAACAAUUUCAAUAAACAACAGGGAGCUUCUUAUCUUCUAUAUAUAUAUAUAUAUAUAUAAAUGAAUUGCUGUUCGUUAGUCUCGCUAAAACUCGAGAACGGCUGGUUUAAAAGGUGAAUAUAUAGGAAAAUGCUGCUAAAUUAAAUAAAAACAACAAAUUUGUUUUCCGUUGAUGUGUCCAUACAUAUUUUCUAUUAGAGAAUUUAUUGUACGCACGGUUUGACAGUUCUGCUGUGAAACAAUUUCAUUACAACAACAGGGAGCAUAUUUUACGAAAUAAUUCUUGAUUUUAUGAUAUAUAAUAUCAUACACAGUGUAAAUGUAACUAAUUUUGUAAAAGAUUUUUUUUUAAUUAUGGCUUAUUCCAGAAUAAGCCAUCUUAGUUCAAAUUAUCGAAAUGUCAGCUACAGUCCUAACUAAUGUGGUUUAUGAUAUACAGUCCACUUACAGACAGACAGAAGAGUUUUAUUAAUUGGUUUCCCGUUGUUUACUCUUUGGCUUGUAACCCUAAAGUUGAUGUCAAAUAUGAAUUUAUUCCUUAGAUUCUUCAGAUACUUAUUGUAAUUUUAUUAAAACAAGCUGACCCAGUAAACGUUGUAUUGCCAUAUAAAUAAAAACAAUCAAUAAAAAAUAAUUUGGGGUAUAAAAAAUAGAUGACGACCGAUUCUCAGACCUACCAAAUAUAUCGUACAUAAAUUUUAUCGUACUACAAUAAUCAUUAUAUUCGAUUGCCAUCUUGCAAAUCUAUUGCGUAUCUGUGGAUGGAAUAGAAUAAUAUUAAAAUCGCGAUACAAAUAUAGGUGUUGAUUGUAAACGGGUGAAAAUUUGAAAUUGUAUGUAUUUUUAAAUGCUGAAGUAUAAGAAAAAUAUUUGUCUAAAAAAAAAAACAAAAAAAAUAUUUAGAGAUAUCAAAAUUUUUUGCCGAUUAUGACCUACCCCUUAUGCACAUAAAAUUUCAUACAAAUCGGUUAAGCCACCGGGACACGAGAAUUUUAUAUAUUAGAUGUUACAGUGUUGUUACUGACCAAAAUGCUUUAGUAGGUAUGAUUCCCAUGUUACUAUAACAAUCAGUAACAGUUUAUAAUAAUAUCUUAAUAUAUAUAAAUUACAUGACACGUUGUUUAUCCGCGAUAGACUCCCAAACUAAUGAACGGAUUUAAAUGGGGAUUACUUCAUGAUGUGCUGUUAGGUCCUACUUGAGAGAUAGGAUACUUUUUAUUUCGAUUUGGGACCCUUAAUUUUUUUUCUUUCAUUUUCAAUAUAUGUUUUGUAUGGACAGAAGCCACAGUAGGAAGAAUAGAAUAGAACAGUGAGCAUAUGUUACGAAAUAAUUCUUGACAUAAUGAAAUAUUAUUGGCAAAUUCAUAAUAACAGUAUUUUAUUUAUUAUGUACAGAACAACGUCUGUCGGCUCAGCUAGUAUUAAUUAUAUAUUUUCCAAGUUUCUCUACAAGUUUAAGUGAAGGUUUGAGUAUAGUUUGUAUACAAUAGUCAGUAGUUGUAACCAUGUUGUAAUUGUACUAGAUUUAAUGUCACUUUUGUUUAAUAUCUGUUUUAAUGUUUCAUGCAAUGUAAUAAAUUUUCAUCAUCGUAACAUAUUUUUUAUAAAAAAGAUUUCAGAGGCUGAGUUUUCAAUAUAUUUUUCAUAAAUUGAGAAAAAAAACAGUAAAUGACCCCCCGAGUUGCCAAUCAGACAUAUUAUGUUUGUUAAAAACAAAAGCAUUGACGUUCGUUUUUAUAAACCAGCCGAAACACUUCAAAAGCAAUAAAUUUUAUUGUAACACGAGCCCGUUGACCUUAGCGUCGUAACGCGCGGCGGCUUAAGACGGGCAUGAGCGCCACGCGCUUUGUGUCAGCUUUGCACCUCAGGGGAUGAUAUAAAUAAGUCUUUUAAAUGGUGCACCUGCAGUUUGAUAUGAAUUUAUUGCAUUAUAUGACACAUUGCCAGGUGUGCACACAAUAACUUCUACGAAUAUGUAAAUAAGUAUUGACAUAUGAACUGACAUUCGCUACGACUAAUGUUGACAGGACCACACAACGUCAUACACACUGUCAGUUGUCAUAAUGCGAUUAUUGUAUUACCUAUGACAACUGACCUGUAUAAAUACCACUGCACAGGCUGUUCCAUAUGUUUGACAGCAUAUUUUUUGUGCCUAUUUGAAGCGCAACUCGCGAGCAUCCAGAGAACUAAUUUUGACGUAUAAUACAAAUGGAAGGAACGUACAAUACUCUGAAGUAAUUUUGCAUUUUGAAAUAAUUUCAACUAAAUAAAGUACACAUUUUUUUUAUAUAAAUAGUUUCCCGCCAUCUAUCGAUGUUUGCUGAGGUUGUCAUCACCAAUAUUAGUACCGCAGACUCUCGGUACAUGACCAACAGCGCCAAAAUGGCGAAUAAAUGUUAUGUAUCUCGCCUACUCUCAACACCAAUCUAAUUUAUGUGUCGCGGUCAUAUUAUUAUUGUUAUUUUAGUGACGCAUUUAUUGUUCAUAUUCAUCUACGACAAAAUAAGACUUUCUGGAAUUGCAUAUGGUGAAAGAUGAAAUCAAUACUUAUGUGGCUGGCCAUGCACUGUGUUGAGUGCUACUGUGAACCAGUAGGAAGUAUUGUUUCAUUUCAAGUAUUGUUUUGUCGCACACACAGCGGGUAGUGUCUGCUUCAGUCAGAGUCAAAUUUACCGCAGCAAUUUAUACACGCUUAUACUACGUACAGCUGUCGCUGAAUUGUUGUUGUUUUAAAUUCAAUUAUAUUUACUGAAGAAAGGCAUUUAAAAUCACUUAUUGGAAGUCAAAAUUACCACCCAUUCGGAGAUUUAUUAAUAUUAUAUUAAAGUUAAAGAAAACCUGUUGUGUGGUUCGGGAUAAGUCUGCGGAUAUACAGACAUACAGCAGAACGACACUUCGUGUUUACUUUACAUAAUAUACGAAGAAGAAAUUGUGUGCCCUCAUGUUUUUUAACUUUGUAAGUAGGCUUAGCAAUAUUUAUAACAUUUUUUUUUUAAUAAUUUAAGGAAAGAUAUAUUUUUAUAAUAUUAUUGUGUUUUUAUGUAUUUUUUGCUAAGCUAUAAAAGCACUGAACAAGUUUUUAUAAACGUUUACAAUAUUUAUAGGCUUUACAUGUCGCGUGUUAGUGUUUUGGCGGGAAUAGGUGAUUGUCAAACCACAGAGAAGUGAAGCUAUUCGUUCAUGAUGAGUAUGUUCGUUGCAGAGAGUGUACCUGUGUCUAUCUAUAACAGUUUCCGUUUUAGAUUUUUGUUCUUCCUUUAAAUAAUAAUAUAAACCAAUGGGUAUAUUGGUAGCUUAUACAGGAUGAUUUUAAAAAACGUCUCCACCUUGCGUGUUUUUGCACAAGUUCUGAAAAGAAUAACCGAUUAUUGAUAACCGAAUUAGCAACAUAAGAUUUUGAAUAUUUCAAAAUACUUAUAAAUUCAUAACAUCCUAUUGCGCAAGCCUAGUUGAUAGAUGAGGUAAUGUGGCAAACAACUAGGCGGGGACGCAAUACAAGUCAGAACAGAAGCGUGAUUCAGGGGUCUCUUUGAAAUUUAUACCUACGUAUGGCCUUAGGCCUAUCGCAGAUGACACACUUUUUGUGCGAUUGAGUCUACGGCACACAAAAAGUGCAUUGCGUGCAAAAUGUCUUUGGCAGAUAUAACACAGACUCAACGUACAGGACGCACAAUUUGUCGGCAGAACUGUAGGGAUGUACACGCAAUGGGAGUACAGAGAUUGCGGGGUAUUAUUUCGUAGUUGAGAUAUAAUAAAAAGAAGAAAAAGAUGUGGUGUCGUGGGACACCAGGUAGGAACGAAGUUCCUUCGGCUAAUGUAGAAUCGACACAAUUUGUAAAAAAAAUCGUAUUCAAUUUUAUGUAGGUUUUCUUGAUUUUUCUCUUAAAUUUUGCAGAUUAGUUUUUAUUUAAGUACAGGAAAGUAUUUAGGAAAUUCAGUAUUUUAGGAAAUAAUAAAUUACGUAAAAUAAAAAAAAAAUCGUAAUCCAAAUUAUCAAUUAAAAUAACAAAAUAUGUCUAAAUAUGUAUAAAAAAGAAAUAGAAAUAAUUACAAAAUAUUAUACACUACUCGCUUGUGUAUACGACCUUCGCGCCUGCGCACGUCUCAUUUAACGGUUUUAUUCCACGGACUUUUUCUUACGGUUUUACUAUCACAUUUUUGCAGUUCGGUCCCGCAGCAAAAUCCCUAUCUCCUCCAAGCCUGCCGUAAGGAACUUCGUUCCAAAAAGGGAAUUUUGGGUUCAUCCUAUUCUUUCAGAAAGAUUAUUAAAGGGACUGUUUCAUAUUUAACAGCCAGUUCUAAAACUAUAUCCAAAUAUAUUUGCACACUUCAUCCCACAAUUUUCUUUUUUAAAUUUCUGUCAUGAUACUCUGCCAAAGAUGUAUCAUACAGUGCUGGUCUGUUUUCUAUUUCUUGAAUCAACAUCGAUACAACGAUGUCUAGUGCCAUGAUACACGGCAAUCACUAGCAACUACAAACUACAGACUGAAUUGUGAGUAUGCGUUAACGCGUAUAGUCGCGAACGUUAUAUUUUUUUGGCGCACUUUUUGUACGGCGCGGUCUGUCAGAUCUACAAGGACAUUUUGUGUGUUAGACUUUUUGCGCGUUGGCUGCGUUACUGCAUAUAAUUCUAUAUGUUUUAUUAUCACAGCCUAAAAAGUGCGUCACGGAUAGUCUGUCGUCUGCGAUAGGCCUUAGGGUUGGUACGUACAAAAAUAUUGAAGACGCCGACGGCGCGUCGCAGCUAAUUUAACUCGGACAGCGACCAGUCUUGGUGGCGUACGGCGUACUCAAUAGAUUUGUCUUCCCAAGAUUGCUUAGCGGCCAUGUAAAUCGUGUGUAUGUGGGUGUUCUAUUAUGAUGUUAAAGUACUGUUCUAUGUAUUGUGGCGGACGUGCGCUCCUUCCAAUGACCUCACAUCAAAGCCCCACCGACACGUCGAAUUCUUAUAUAUUUUCCCUGCAAUAGUAGGAUGUACAUGAUUUUAAUUUGAAUAGUUAAAUUAAAUUAAAUAUUAUUUAUUUUAGUGGUAUUUUCGUUGCUUUACUAUAUUACUAAAAAUGUAUUUUUUUUUCUUUUGUAUAAUAAACUACAUCCUUUUUCUGCUCCGGUUAUUAUGUUCUUUCAGUAUUUAAAAAAAACAUCCUGUAUAUUACGAUUCUUGAUCGUGAACGAAUAGAAGAUAUAGAUUAUCCCCUAUAGGUAUGAAAGCUACAGUAUCAAAACUUUCCACUGUGAGCAUCUGAAAAUGAGUAUUACGAGUUCGGGGCUUGUCACGGUGCAUCUCUCUUUGGAAAUUAAUACAAUUUAUAUCUCUAUACGCAGUUUUCAAAGGUCUCCAUAGUUCAUCGAAUAAAAUGUAUAUUGAGAAAAGUUUCAAUUAAAAAACAUAUCAACCUUAAUUCUUAUGAUGCAUAAGCACUUUGGUUUCUGCAAUUCAUAGCGCGGAAAACCAAAGAGAAAAGUGUCAAAGUUGCCUAAAAAAAUGCCAUUCGGGGAUAGUCUGGGAGAUUGUUAUCAAAUAUCACAAAAAUUCAGUCCAGACAAGGAACAAUUUAAGAAAUCAAUACGUAGUGAAUGAAUUCGAAGAGCUUUAUCAGUGGCCGCGUGCUAACUGACUAAAAUGUUGUUAAGGUGUAGUGAGGUGUAAUAAAGUAACCAAUCUA